CGAAGCGCCCGAACCUAAGGGGGUCUGGGUCGGGGCACCUGGUGGAUGAGCCCGGCUGCGCGCGCCAGCGCAGCAGCCCGAGCAGCGGCCGCCGCCCCCGCGGCGGGGAUGCCCGGACGCCGGGCCCCGGGGCUGGGCCCCCGGCGGUAACCCGAGCGGGGGGGCCGCGCCCCCCCUCCUCCCCCCUCGGUAGUCCCAGAGCCGCAGCUGCUGCGCCCGCGCGCUCCCGGGGACAUUAUAACCGCCGCCGGGUCCCGCCGUCUCUCGCUCGGCUAUUAAUACCUGCGGCCAGGGAGAGGGGUGCAGCGCGCAGCGCAGUCAUGGGGACACUGCUGGCCUUCGUGGUCGGCACGGCGCUGGUGUCCUCAGCCUGGGCGGGCUGUGUGGAGGUGGACUCCGAGACAGAGGCCGUGUAUGGGAAAACCUUCAAAAUUCUGUGCAUCUCCUGCAAGCGCCGCAGCGAGACCACUGCCGAGACCUUCACGGAGUGGACCUUCCGCCAGAAGGGCACUGAGGAGUUUGUCAAGAUCCUGCGCUAUGAGAACGAGAUGCUGCAGCUGGAGGACGAUGAGCGCUUUGAGGGCCGUGUGGUGUGGAAUGGCAGCCGGGGCACCAAGGACCUGCAGGACAUGUCCAUCUUCAUCACGAAUGUCACCUACAACCACUCAGGCGACUAUGAGUGCCACGUCUACCGCCUGCUCUUCUUCGACAACUAUGAGCACAACACUACCAUUGUCAAAAAGAUCCACGUGGAGGUGGUGGACAAAGCCAACAGAGACAUGGCGUCCAUCGUGUCUGAGAUCAUGAUGUAUGUGCUCAUCGUGGUGUUGACCAUAUGGCUUGUGGCAGAGAUGGUUUAUUGUUACAAGAAGAUCGCUGCUGCCACGGAGGCUGCUGCUCAAGAAAAUGCCUCGGAAUACCUGGCCAUCACCUCAGAAAGUAAAGAGAACUGUACGGGUGUCCAGGUGGCUGAAUAGCCCCGGCCCUGGGCUUCGCCUCAAGGAAGAGCCAGCCCUAAUUGGGAACAUCCGGGCACAGCCUACCCCUAAUGGGGGUUGGCCAUUCCUGGGCCUCCACAGCCUCAGAGUCCUGCCAGCGGAGCCUCCAGGGUGGGAGGGGGCAGGGGGCUUGGCUCACACCCCUAAUCCAGCCUUCUUCCUCCUGCCCACUCGCCCACUCUCGCCAUGCAUGAUGGGUAAAGCAAUACUGCCACUGCCCCCACCCUUGCUUCUGCUGCCUGUUUGGGGGGGGCGGUGAGGUGGGGGCAGCAGCUCCGCACCCCUUCUUCUUGCUGAUUUGCACACUUUGGCCGCUCAGACACGCACUACAAGGCCCAGCUUCUCCCUGCCCAGCAGGGUCGUGACAGGCCGGAACAGUUCAGGGCAGGGGGUUUUGGGACCCACUUAAACCCUCACCGACAUUUCUGCUCCUGCUUCCUCUGGCUGGACCUGGGGUCCCUCUCCUGUGAUGCACUCUUGCCCGGCCCAACUCCACCCUCUCUCACCAGCCUUGGAUUGUGGCCACUUAGAAAGGGGCCCAGUCAGCCUCGUCUCUUUACACAGGUAGUUUCGUUCAUGAAAUAAAGAUUCUUGAACUUGAUUCAUAGUCUCUCUCAUGAGCCCAGUUACCCUCUACACCCCACCCCCAAAU